GGUAAACUCAAGGCCAAUAUAGAUUGAAAGUUUGAAACUGAUGAACUCAAAGAGUCGAGAGUAGAAAAUUAAAAGGUAAUGUGGGUGUGAGAGUGUGAGAACCAGAUCGAUCGAUUAUGGGUAGGAUGAAAAAUUAUAGGAAAGGUUGCUGGACUGAAGAAGAAGAUAAAUUGCUCAAAAGAUGUGUAGAGAUAUAUGGAGAAGGAAAGUGGAAGCACAUCCCAGCAAGAGCAGGUCUCGAUCGCUGUCGUAAGAGUUGCAGGUUAAGAUGGUUGAACUAUCUUCGUCCCAACAUUAAGCGUGGUAACUUCGCAGUUGAUGAGGUUGACCUCAUAAUCAGACUCCAUAAGCUCUUGGGCAACAGAUGGUCGCUAAUUGCAGCUAGAAUUCCUGGAAGAACAGCUAACGACGUUAAGAACUACUGGAAUUCGCACUUGAGCAAGAAACUCAAAUCGGAGCAACUGCUGCCAUCGAACUUGACAACCCAACUGGCUGGCCCUCAAACCUCCGCUGCAAAUUCAUCGGAGUGGACGACGGGUGUCUCAGACUCUACCGGCGGGGAUCACCAGAGACAAGUGGAUGAAGAAGAAUCUGGAGAAGAAGAGACAUUAACCUUUUGGAAGAGGCUUUUGCUAGAGGGAGAAGAAAUGAAAACAAAAUCAAGUGCUGAAGAUAAAGAGAUGGCUGUGAAUAAUGAAGACUUUUUAGUAGGUUUUGAAGAAUUAGUUCAAGACGGGGAAAUAUGGAGUUUGUUAAGUGAAUAAAUCAUCAGCUUUGUCUUCAAUGUUGGCUUCUUUCCUUAAUUUCAUGUUUUCUCUAUGAUGAUACGCUUUAAACCUUGCUAAUCGGUGUCCUAAUGGCCUGUUUGUGUUCGAGGAUCCCCCUGCUGUCUAUAAGGAAUUAGGCCAUGUUUGGGAGUGUUUAUGUUAAAAAUAAGUGUUUAUUCAAAUAAGCACUUAUUUGUAUUUGGCAUGUGUUUAUUUUAAAAAAUAAACACUUAUUUUAUAUUGGAUGUUUGGUGAUAUUUUUCUCCAAUAGGCAUCUAAAUAAGUAAUUGCGACUCUUUUGUC